UUGUUUAUGUUUCUUCCUCUUCUUCUCCGCGGAGAAUUCAAUAUCUGAUCUGUCUCAGUCAUCGACACAAGAGAUCCGAUUCUUGUCUCUCUCAAGCAUACAAUGUUGUCGCCGCCAUGAAAGUUUGAAACUCUUAUCUUUUUUUUUAAGAAUCAUCAUCACUCUGUUUUUUUCUAGAAGAAAUUUGAUCAUGGCGAGAGGAAGAGUGGGUGAGAAAGAGGAAGGAGAAAAACACAUAGGGUUACUAAAACUGGCUCAAACGCUGUCGUUUCUACUCAUAUUCAUGGCAGGAAUCAUCAUUGGCCUCGCCGCGAGCUCCCACAUCGAUCGCUACUUCAACUCCUUGCCCACGACGUCGUUUUCAUCGCCCUCCACCUCCUCACAGACCGUCCCUGAUUACUCAAACUGCACAGUCAUCCACCGGGACUGCACAGGGGACGACGAGAAUCACGACGACGACGAUAAGAAGGUGAAGGUGAAGGAUUGCUGGAGCGUAGACGGGUUUGUGAGGCCGGAGAAUCUGAGCCAUGGGAUGAGUGAUGAAGAGGUGUUCUGGAGGGGGUCGAUGGUUCCGGUGAAGGAGGAGUAUCCGUACGAUAGGGUUCCUAAAGUGGCGUUUAUGUUUCUGACGAGAGGGCCUUUGCCUAUGCUUCCGCUUUGGGAGAAGUUUUUUAGAGGGAAUGAGAGGUAUUUGUCGGUUUAUGUUCAUACGCCUCCUGGUUACGAUAUGAAUGUCUCGAGGGAUUCUCCGUUUUAUGAGAGGCAGAUCCCGAGUCAGAAAGUUGCAUGGGGAUCCCCACUAUUAACCGAUGCAGAGAAGCGUCUUCUAGCCAACGCAUUACUCGACUUCUCAAACGAGCGUUUUGUUCUCCUCUCAGAAAGCUGCGUCCCUGUCUACAACUUCUCCACCGUCUACUCUUACCUAAUAAACUCUGCCUACAGUUUCGUGGACUCUUACGACGAGCCAACACGUUACGGCCGUGGGCGUUACAGCCGCAAGAUGCUCCCAGACAUCAAACUGCAUCACUGGCGUAAAGGCUCUCAGUGGUUUGAAGUAAACCGCAAACUCGCCAUCUACAUCAUCUCUGACUCAAAAUACUACUCACUGUUCAAACAGUUCUGCAAACCAGCUUGUUACCCUGACGAGCAUUACAUCCCAACGUUCUUGAACAUGUUUCAUGGUUCAGCGAACUCGAAUAGAAGCGUGACAUGGGUGGAUUGGUCCAUAGGUGGUCCGCAUCCAGCUACAUAUGCGGCAGAUAAUAUCACAGAAGGGUUUUUACAGUCAAUAAGGAAAAACGAGACGGAUUGUCUUUACAAUGAAGAGCCAACUUCUUUAUGCUUUCUUUUUGCUAGGAAGUUUGCUCCUAGUGCAUUGGCUCCUCUUAUGAACUUGAGCUCUACAGUGAUGGGGUUUUGAGGGGAAAAACCAGCUGAUUUGUUUCUCUUCAUGUUUCUACUUUUAUAGAGAUGAGAUGAGAGAUUCUUCUACGAGAUAUAUAUACUUAGGACUUCUUUUGGUUUAUGAUGAUCUCUUCUUUAUUUGGGGUUUUCUAGAUAUAAAAAAAUGUAAAGGUCGAGCUUUUUUGUAUGUAAGAGUUUUGCUUCUGC